CGGUGUCUAAUAACGGAGGCCUUUUGGAUUUGCAGGAGCGCUGUGUCCGCCGGACAACGCCUACAGCAUGGUGCGCGACCCUGCGUCCCAGUAUGUGCUGCUGGCGGCGCCUGGGAUCAGCCUAGAUCCGAUGUCCAGGCCCAUGAUGUGGUCGAGCUUCGGGCCGCAGCCGCUGCUCCUACCGCCGCCCGGCAUGCUGCUGGACCCCAUGCUGGUCUCCUCGGCCUCGGGGUCGACGUGCGCCUCGACCUCGGUCUCGGCCUCGGGGUCCAUGAUCGCGCUCUCGCGCACCGUCUCCUCGCACGGCCACUCCAUGAGCACCCAGUGCGUGUCCAACGUGGUCACCCUACCCGGCACCCUGUCCGGCGCCGUCCCCAUCCCCGGGCCGCCCCUGCCUCUCCCCACCUCCGCCAUGCCCAGCCCCACCCUCCUCACCGUGGCGUCCAUGUGCCAGAGCUCUGUCGAGUGCAGUGCAGCGCCCUGGACCACCUUGCCACACCCAGGUCAGGCAGACCGAGACCCGGGUAGCAAACUGAUGAUGCAUCAACCCAAGUGUAUAUCAGAUGGAGAGUCAACAGUAAUCACACAAGUUGCUGACCCAUCGAAGCAAUGCUCAGCUGGUGUGCAAACUCAGUCAGAUGGUGAUGGUACCACAAAUGAAUUCAUUUCCUCACCCACCAAGAACCCUACUGCAGAGGAAAAGGAAGAAUCAAGGCCCAACAAAAUAGACUGCACUCUGAAUGAGACAUUCAAUCACGAUGCAAGCGAACCUGUCAAAAUUGAAACUCUGCAUGUGUCCACUGACAGUAGACCAGAGUUUGAUGAAAACAAAGAAUGUGAAACUGCACUGUCAGAGAGGAGUACAGCUUUCGUUUUUGUUGAGGCAGAUUCUAAUUGCGAGCAAGAAUGCUUGACCAGCCCUGAACUUCAUAUAUCAAGUAGCUAUCAAGAAUCUGAGGAUUUAACUAAUGUACCUGAAAAACCAAAUGAAUUAGAUGUAAGUGGAUUGGAAUUGUUGUAUAAAAGCAUUGAACAUAUGGAAAGCUUGGAGAACAGGAGAUCAGUACUACAAGAACCUAGUAUUGAAGUUGAGCAACCGCCCGAAGUCCAGAAGCCAAAACUGGAUGGACUUGGCCUUCUUUGUGCCUUAGCUGAACAACGAAUUCAAGAAGAGUUGAACAAAGAAUCAGGGGGAUUUAAACUUGAGUCUGACUCUCCAAUAUGUAACUCUGUCAAACCUACAGCUGAUGUUAAUCGUAACUAUAGAACUCCUAAAUCAGAGCAAGAAGUUCGUCGCUUUCUUGCCACUCGCACGGAGACAUCACAUGCAGUUGUGUCUCCUGUUACAUUUAAACUAGAGCCUCAAAAUGAUUCAUUAGAAAUGGAGAUGCGAAACCGGUUGGCAGAGCUACAGCGUAUGUAUAAGGAAACUCAAAGGGAACUUUCUCGUCUCACACCUCGGAAGAAUAGUAUUGAAGGUGAAAGCAGUAGUGGAAGCCAUAAUGGAAGCACUCCUAUUAAAAGGACACCAGCUAAAAGUGCACAAUUUAGGAAGAAAAAAAUUGCAGUCAAGAAAAAGACCCCUCUUAAAUCUGAAACCUUGAAUGAUCCACCACCACCUGUUUUGGAGAGAGUGACAGAUGUUGUUGAAGUUCCCAUCCCAAAAAUCAAGUGGUCACGCCUUGAUGCCCCACCAACACUUAUUCCCCAUAAGCUUCCAACUGAGGUGGGACAUCACAACCCUCCAUCGUUCAAGCUUAAUCUUGUUAAGCUACCAGCAACCAAAGAUCACAAGAGACGCUGGAGUGUUGAUUCCCCCUCAACACGUGUAUCAACUGAAACACAACAUGCUGAUGAUGAAGAUUCAGAUGAAUUAUGGUCCGAGUUUAUAUCCAAAUCUUCUGAGACUGUAAGUAGCAACCGCAAACACAAGUCUUCAAAUGAAGUGUCUUCUCUGCAUUCAACCUCCAAGCGACGCAAGGUUGGAAAACCAAAACGACACUUCGACAAGGCUGGAAAUGGACAUCAUGCCACUGAAACCAUUGUGCCCAAGCAACCAAGGAACAAGGCUAGCCUUGUUAGUUACCUUCUGGCUAGCAAGACAGCUGGACCAGGGAAGCUUCAAAGUUCUGAAAAGAGUUCAAAAGAGUACUCCAAAGCAACAGUUGAAACUCCAACCCACAGCCCUGAGCAUCGACCAAAGAUUCGACCAAAACUUAAAGCAGAAGUGAAGGUCAAAGAAACAUGGGAAGAUGAAGAUUUAUUGGACUGGUCUACUCCCAAACCACAACUUCCUUCUCACCCACUUCGCCCUCUAGACUUGGUAUUCGAAUGCAUGGAAGAAAUAUCUAAUGGCCAAGAUAAGGGUUUGGGGUUGAAAAGACAUGAAGAAGAUGAUGAAGAUGAUGAGUGGAGACCAUCUUCGAAGAAAACCAAAUCACCCGCAGUCCCAUUAAAACCUGUAUCAAAUGCAAACUUUCCUCAGCAGAAACACUCUUCUGAAAAAACACCACCAACUGCAAAACCCAAGAAACCAUCAAAUCUUUCCAAAGAAAGGAGACAGUCUACUGAGAAAUUACACCUUAAGAAGCCUGUUUGCUCCUCAGUUGAAGAACGUUUGCCUCUUAAGGUUUCAAAUGACCCAACUAGUUGUGUACUGACUGCAGAAAUAUUGGAAACAGCAGACUUUCCUGCAAGAACAUUGACUGCCCAAGGUGGACUUUUUUAUGCUGGAUUAUUGAAUGCUGUGAUGCCACCUGACUUAUACAGCAUUAUCCUCCAUGGGGAAAGAGCAUCAAGACCUAACAUAUAUUCAAGGGAAGAAAUUUUGCAAGAUACCAUCCUUGAAGUGCGGCCUCCAGACGUUGAAAGUUUGUCAAUUGGUACCCGCUUGUGUGCAUACUGGUCUCAGCAGACAAAGUGUUUGUACCCUGGAGUUGUUGUUCCUCCCACAACUCCAGAUCCUAGUCUAGAUGGAGACUUUGUUACCGUAGAAUUUGAUGAUGGAGAUUCAGGACAAAUAAGAAUCCAGGACAUCCGUUUGUUACCAUCAAACUAUCCUGUUGUUGAAUUUGAUCCAAACCCACUACUCUCUUUAACUAAAAGACGGCGGAGAAAUUCUGAAAAGAGUGUUGACUCCAAGGAUCGUCGUGUAAGUGCAGACAGUGCCAUAUCAUCUAAUGCUUCAUUUGUAGAAAACCCAAAAUUGGAGGAUAAGAAGGAACUAACAGUAACUGAGUUAAUUCCAGAUCAGACAGAUGUCACUGAACCCACAGCUCCUUCUGCUUUCUCGACCUCAUCUCUCUGUUUACUUUCUUCUAAGAUCUCUGAAAAUGAAAGCAAGCGGUUAAAAAAGCGGCGCAGAGAAAAACUUAAAAGGUUGAUGACAGCAAGUGCGGCUGCAUCUUCUGCUGAUACAAGAAAAAGGAAACACAAACACAAGCACAGACGUAAACAUAGACAUCGCCACUCGUCAACUGGUAGCAGCUCUGAUGCUCCUUUAAAAGCUGAUUUAGACAAUCCAUUUCCGGAUGCUAUUAUAAAGUCUAUUAUUAGCAAAGAGCCAAUAAGUCCUCACCCAUCAAUUAAAGAGGAAAUAUCUGCUCAUCCAUCAAUUAAAGAGGAAAUGUCUUUUCAUCUAUCAAUUAAAGAGGAAAUACCUGCUCAUCUAUCACUUAAAGAAGAUAUACCUGCUCAUCCAUCAAUUAAAGAGGAAAUAUCUGAAUUGGAAGAUGAUUGGAAAGGAAAGGAAAAUGAAGAAAGGGAUGAAGAGGUAGAAGAUAAGGAUAAGGAUUUAAAAGAAGGCUGGGAGACAGGAACAGAACCAGAUACCAACACUGAUCAAAUUGAAAAUGAAUCCAUCCAUCCUGAUACAAACCUUUCGAGGAAACCAAAAAAAAAGCAAGAUCGUCAAAAUUCCGUAGAAAGAAGCAAGAUAGCUGCCUUUUUACCCCCUCGCAAAUUAUGGGGUUGGUCAGGAAAAGGAUACAAACGACAGGGAGGGAAAGGUAGAAAAAAAGAAUUCUAUAAAUGCAUCCAACGAGACAAAGAAGAAAUAAAAGUCGGCGACUGUGCUGUAUUUUUAUCAACUAAUAGCCCUGAUCGUCCAUACAUAGGACGCAUUGAAUCACUAUGGGAGACAUAUAAUGGAAUGAUGGUUGUGCGAGUCAAAUGGUUCUACCACCCUGAGGAGACAGAAGGCUGUCCAACUCUGAAAUAUCCUGGAGGACUUUUCCAAUCUGAUCAUGCGGAUGACAAUGAUGUUCAAACAAUUUCCCACCGCUGUGAAGUGCUUCCACUCAGUGAAUAUGAGAAGAAAGUGAAUCACCAUACUGCACAUCUGGUUCAUCUUCAGGAUGUGUACUACCUUGCUGGCUCUUAUGAUCCGAAAAAUAUCCAAAUCAAACUAGAGAAAGGAGUUGUUGGGUGAUUAACUCCUUGACUGUCGGUUAUUUAAUGAACAAGUGUACUGUGUGAUUAUAAUUUUCACAACUCCAUGUUACUUUUGAAGUUCCGUGGAAACUCUGUGGUUUCCUAAGUGUCACCUCAGCCACAAAGACUGUGAUACUGGCUAAAUUUAACCGUGUUUUUAUUGUGUUAUGAUGUCAGUUGAUGUACUGGCUGUGCUUAUAUAGAUAAGUUAGCUCUGUAAUGUAAAUAUUAUGCAAUUCGUACUACAAACGUGUAAUUGUUAUUAUACAAUCAUGUGAUUGUUAUCAAGUCAUAAGUCUUUCAUGGAAAAAAGAUCUGUGUGAAGAGAACUGUAGAUCAUUAGAAUAAAGUUGUAAUAAUAAUGUUUAAAAUCAAGGAUCAUAAAUCUAUCUGACCUGGCUUCUACAAAAUUUUGUACAUAUUGUGCAUAAGUGGAUUGUUUCUUUUCCUAUUUUAACUAUCUUGUUUCAUAUUUAUACAUAUUAUAUAUAUUGUGAUUUUAUGUGUUUCUUAUUCAUCCAAUAGCACGGAGUAAAAUGCCAACAGACCUGUGUUGUGGUCAAUUUGGUCUAAAGGAACCUGACAGAGCACCUCUAUUGUUUCACUAAAUCAAUCCCAUCAAAUGACUGUUUGCUGUAAAAUGAAAACAAAUUUCCAGUGAAACUUUUCUGAUGGGCUAUGUCGGGGUCAGGAGACUAAAUUGACAAUAAUGUUGGUGAAGCAAUGGUUAUGACUAAUACCAUUUCUUUUACAACAAAACACAAAACCGAAGGUGAGAACUUGUGUAAUUUAAAGAAGAGACGUUACUAAUAUGAACCCUAUUACUCUUGUGAGAAAAUAGAAUUAGCUUUAAAAAAAAUCUUCAUUUUCCUUUUGUGCAAUGUGUGUGAUGCAAUGUUUUACAUCUCACUCCUAAAAAUCAUUUCAGAAAAGAAAUGCAUGUUUUAAGAAAGUAUCUUUUAGAAAUUACACAACUUGCUUUGUUAGAUUUUAUUUCAGACAAAAGUGUGGUAAACUGUCUUCACCUGCUUGUGAUUAACAAGGGCUUUGAAAGCAGAAUCCCUCUUAAAAUGGAAAUUGGGUAUAUUAUACUCUUUCAGUUUCUUGAUCUCAGUUUGAGAUUGAUUAUCUUACUGUAUUUAGGGUCCGAAAUUGCCCUUUAUCCCUUUUGCACAUUAGUCUGUUGUAUUGGCCAGGAAACUUUGAUAAUAAUGUGUGAUGCCACAUUCUAUGCUGUGUAUGACCUGUGCUAUGUGAUUUUAGAGGAAGCUUUGUUGCCUUGAAUAUCAGAACAGAUUAUUUUCAGAAUCAUAUGAAAUGUAAAUUUUAUUUCACUUGUAUUUGUGGAAGCACAAUUUGAUUGAUGUAUUUAAGAGCAAAGACACAGAUCUGCUCUUGUUCAGUACAUUUUUGAUUCUGCAUUUGUGCUUGAAUUUUCAUCCAAUGAAUCUUUUUUAAAGAUAGCCAUUUGUGACUUAACAAUUUUCUUCAAAAUUGUAGUUUGUCCAUGUUAUUGUUGUAUUCUAGGAUAUUAUAGUAGUGUGAAAUUUCUCUGACAGUAGCUUUAAGGUACUGCUACAGAGUGCAUAUCAGUGCCAUCCUGGAAAAGCUCCAUAAAAGAUCUCUUUUGAUAUGAACUUAAAAAACAAAGUUUGACUGAAAACACAACUUUUUUUUUUUUUUCAAGAUUGCUUGGAGUACUGAUCAAUUGAUUCAAAAACUAUGUAUAAUAUUUUUUAAUAUUUAAAAUGAGAUUUUGAUUUACCGGUAUACUUAAGUAGCUCCUAUCAAAGCACUGGGCGUACACAGCACAUCUGUGUGUGGUAGCAAUGAUGCACCAUAAACAUAUAGUACCUGUUCUUUAUAUGUAGUAACAGAUGAAUUUGGAGUAAUGAAGUGUUGCUUCAUACUUAUUUUGUUAUCUUUGCACAUUAUUAGGAGAUAGGUUAGUUGAAAGUAUACUUAGUUCAGCAUUUAUAUAUGUAUAUAAACCUAUGAAAAUCUUAAAGUAACUUUAUUGAUAACCGUAUACAAUACAAAUCUUGUGAUACAUAGACUAGUGAUACUACAAUCUAAUUUCUUUUUAAUUUUGUUUUAUUUUCGAUACAUAGAUAUGUACAGAUGAGCAUUUAGUGAUACAUACUGUAUUAUUAUUUUUUAUUAAACAUUACAGUUCAGGGCCUCUGUCAUUAAUUACUUGUUUAUAAUAAUGUGGGUCUAAGGAUACAUUUUUGUAUGGAGCUAUCUGAUCAAUCAAUCAAACAGAAAUUGUUCCAUAUCAUGUAAUGUAUGAUCAGAUAAAACUUAGCCACUUGCAAUGUGAUGUUUUAAUGCCAUUGUGAGAGACAAAUUUGACUUGUGGUCAUAUACGUGGAUUAAUACCAUCCCCUGACCCAAACCCAAUUUUGCUAACCUGGUCUAUCUGUUAACCUUGAAAAAGCUUGAUUUAUUCAUUGGUACUUACUUCUUGCAUCAUGUAGAGUAUGAGUGUUCCCAAAAUGAAAGCAAGCAAGGCAAGUUUUUAAGUCGUGCUGAUAGGGUUGAUACUAUUGUGCAACUAACUUUGGGGCUAACUCCCUUAGGUUGCACACCCACUUACUAAAAAAGAAUGCUUUAAUUGAUGCAAUUUUUAGUGUUUAUUAGAGAGGUCCUUGCAUUAAAUAUAAGUACAGUAUAAACAUAUGAAUUGCAAACCCUAAAGCAUUUGACAGUUUGCAUGCAGUACUGUAUGUGUAUCGGGACUCUGUUCUUAGGGUAAUUUUUGCCCAUUAAAAAGGACUGAUGGGGCCCAUACCUAGAUCUCGUAGUUUGAAUGGGCUGUGACAUAUUUAUCAUAGUAUGCUUAGGCACAAAUUUUAUUCCAAUCGAAUCUAUACGUUUCUUUAGGAACCCAGAACUCCUCAACUUGCAAUUUUCAUGAGCUAUUCAUUUUUAAGUGGUUUGCAUUCUUUAUUUUACCUACUUUACUGUGGUGAAGUCAUUAUUGUUACCAUAUAUGUGAAUACAAAUCUGUAAUUUCAAUGGAAAGAUAACCAGGGAAGGUAGAAACAUUUUGGUGCUAUAAAAAUUGUAUGGACAUAAAAAAAUAACUUUAUGAAUUGUCAAUUGUUUCAUUUACAGAAACAAUCACAGCAGAUCAUUUUGCUGCAGGUUGACUCAGAGAAAUCCAUAGAUUUUGACUGAUUUCAUUAAAUGUACGAUCGAAAUAUGCAGUUAGGUUUGUCAAUGUACAAUGAAAACAAUCAUUCAAAAAUUUUGUCAGUGUCAAAGAAAAGUUUUAAUGCACCAUAUAUGUAAUGUGUUGUGCGUAACAUCCUCCCAAUAAAGAUGAAAAACUCACGUCAUUUGUAGUUUGUGACUGUGCAAGAAGGAAUUGCAAGAAUUCCCGCUAAUGUAUCAAUAAUUGUCAAGUGCUCGACAAAAUGUCUACAUGGUGAGUUAUUCGUGUUUAUUGGGUCACUCUGUGCAUAGCAGUAAGUAUUCUGUAUGUUAGAAGAAUGAAUUACACUGUCGAAAUGGU